AUGUCGGACGAAUACGAAACCUAUCAGUUGGGCGACUGGGACCUUCAGAGUGGACAGAAGAUCGAUAAUGCCCAUAUCGCAUACAAGACUUUUGGUGAUCCCAAGUCUCCAGCUAUUGUCUAUCCAAGUUGGUUUUCGGGAGCCAUCUCGGACAACUUCUGGUUAAUCGGCGAAGACAAGUUCCUCAACCCUAAGGAAUUCUUCAUCAUUGUAACCGCAUUGUUUGGAAAUGGCCAAUCGUCCUCCCCCUCGAACCAGCCUGCUCCGGGUCCAUUCCCAAAGGUAUCGUUCUACGAUAAUGUUCGAGCGCAGCACGAGCUUGUAACCAAGCACUUUGGCAUUACGCAUCUUCGCGCCGUUGUAGGUUGGUCGAUGGGUGGUGCUCAGUCUUUCCAAUGGGCGACUCAGUAUCCAGAGUUUAUGGAUAUUGUCAUUCCAUUCUGUACUUCGGCCAAGACAUCAGUGCAUAACAAGGUCUUUUUGGAAGGCGUGAAGAGUUCGCUUUUUGCGGCAAAGAAGAUUCGUUCUGCUGGGGCUGGUCAACUCGGGAUUAGGGAUGCUCCAGAAGCAUUUGCCUGGACAGAUGAGGAAAAGGACGUUGGGCUGAAGGCUAUGGGUCGUGUUUAUGCCGGAUGGGGUUUGAGUCAGGCUUUCUAUCGGCAUAAGUUGCAUGAAUCUGCUCUCGGAUUCAAGGAUCUUGAGGAUUUCAUGGUCAACUUCUGGGAGAAAUGGGCUUGCUCCAAAGAUCCUGAAAAUCUGCUGGUGAUGCUGCAAACCUGGCAAAACGGAGAUGUCUCGCAGCAGGAGCCGUAUAAUGGCGACUUUGAAAAGGCCAUGGCUGCUAUAAAAGCCAAGACACUUGUUUUGCCGGCCAAGACCGAUCUUUAUUUCCCACCGGAGGAUUCAGAGUAUGAGGUUGCUUGUAUGAAACCUGGUGUUGGGACAUUGGAUGUUUUCCCUUCGAUCUGGGGCCACUGGGCAGGAGGUCCGGGUGACAGCAAGGAUGAUGUUGAAUGGCUUGACAAGAAGAUGUCCGACUUCUUUGCUAACCACGGACCGGAUGGCGUAAGCUCUCUGACCGAUAGGAUCAAGAAUAUGCUAGUCUUGCCGACUCCGAGCGAGCUCGCGGCGAACGACGAUCUGAUUGCGGAGCUCAAGGCUCAGAACAAUUUCGAGCUUCCGGCCGAGACAGAGAAAAGACAGCAAGUACUUCAAUUGCUGCAGCGCGUCGCGGUGGAGUUCGUCCAGGUCGUCAGUCGCAAGAAGGGUCUGUCGAAUGCCGCUGUUGAGGCUUCCGGGGGUAAAAUCUUCACGUAUGGAAGUUACCGUCUGGGUGUUUAUGGCCCAGGAUCCGAUAUCGAUACCCUGGUGGUUGGACCGAAGCAUGUCCUGAUCGAUGAUUUCUUCUCCGAUUUUCCUCCGAUCCUCCAGAGAAUGGCCAGCGAAGGCGCAAUUGAGAAAAUGACACCGGUGCCGGAUGCCUUCGUUCCCAUCAUCAAGCUCGAACUGUGUGGAAUCAGCAUCGAUUUGAUUUUCGCACGUCUCAUUAUCCCUGCGAUUCCGAUGAACCUGGAUCUGAAGAACAAUGAUUAUCUGCGAGGACUGGACGAGAGAGAGGUUCGGUCGCUGAACGGAACUCGUGUCACGGAUGAGAUCUUGGAGCUUGUGCCUCAGCAAAAGACAUUCCGUCUCGCGUUGCGCGCAAUUAAGCUUUGGGCCCAACGACGAGCAAUUUAUUCCAACAUCGUGGGUUUCCCCGGUGGUGUCGCGUGGGCUAUGUUGGUUGCUCGAGUUUGCCAACUCUACCCCCAAGCAAGCGGUUCUGUAAUCGUGGGCAAGUUCUUCCGUAUCAUGAACAAGUGGAGCUGGCCUCAGCCCGUUUUACUGAAGCAGAUUGAGGAUGGUCCGCUCCAGAUGAAAGUCUGGAACCCUAAGAUCUAUCUCGGUGAUCGUUUCCAUUUAAUGCCCAUCAUCACUCCCGCAUACCCCUCCAUGUGUGCCACUCACAACAUCAGUAUGUCCACACAGGCUGUCAUCCUGAGGGAACUCCAGCGAGGAGGAGACAUGGUGGAUAAGAUCUUCAUGAAGCAACUAUCGUGGAAUGACCUGUUCACCCGCCACACUUUCUUCACCAAUGACUACAAAUACUACAUCAGCAUCACUGCCUCUAGCAAGACCAAGGAGGCCGAGUCAGCAUGGUCAGGUCUUGUCGAGUCCAAACUGCGCCAUCUUGUCGGAGCUCUUGACCGCAAACCAAUCAUUGCAGUUGCCCACCCAUUCCCCAAGGGAUUUGAAAGAAUUCAUACCAUUACCAACGAGGAACAGAUGGAGGCUGUUAAGAGUGGAUCUACAAAGUACCAGGCAAAAGGCACUAAAACUGAGAUGACUGAUGAGACAAAGGAUGCCGUUCACCAAGCUGCUAUCCAGAACACCCUCGAGAACGCAGAGGUCCCACAGCUUACCGAAAGCCAGACUAAGCUGGAGCCUGAUGGCCACACCGUCUACACUACCACGUAUUACAUCGGAUUAGAGCUCAAGCCUCUCGAGCCAGGCCAAUCACGAGAGCUGGAUAUAUCUACUGAUGCCAACAUCUUCAAGUCCAACUGCACUUCGUGGACAGGAUUCCAGCCCGAAGUCAUGGAACUCGCUGUCACUCACACCCGCAACUUUGAUUUGCCCGAAGAUGUCUUUGAACCUGGUGAGGUGAAGCCCGUUCGACCAAAGAAGAAGGCUGGCAAGAGAACGGAAGCCGCCGGUCAGAAACGGAACAUCAGCCAGCUGGACGGCUCGUCCGAAGUAAUUGCGAAACGCCAUGCCACCACCCCUAUUUGA